AUGCGCUCCGUUGCUUUUGCCGUCGUCGCCUCCCUCGCGGCUCUUACCAGCGCCAGCCCCAGCGCCAGGGCUAGGGACAGCCGCAUGCAGGCCGAAAAGCGGCAGAUCGACUCCGUAACUAUUGCUUUCCAUGGCACUAGCGAUAACACCUGGGACCAGACCUUCCCUACGGAUCUGACCACUCACGAUAUCGUUCAAGACAAUCCCGCUGUCGUCACCAGAAUCUCUAACCCCGGUGGCGCCAUCUGCGUCUUUUCAGGCACAGAGGGCGGAAGUUGGACGGUUCAUAUCGGGGAGACGGAACUGGAGGACCCCCAGCCGUUGAAAUCGGGCUUCUGCAGCCAUCUCUAA